ACCUGAAGCUUCUCUAACCAUACGUCAGUGGUAUGAAAGCAAUAGUCAUGUUACGUGGAUUAUUUUUUGAACCAUAGUAUGAAGAUACUAGUACUACUGGUAUGUUGUCUUACCUUGGCAUUCGCUCAUCGUCGGAAACACUCACCGCUCAAGUUUGCAGCAUGCAAGGCUAGAUUACUUAAUAUUGAAACUGGCAUUGUUGUCAGAAACAAGGAUUGGAAAGGGAAACAGUUUGUCAACAUCGUAACAAAGUCUGAGCCCAAAUGUACGUGUCUGUGGUCGUCUCGGUGGACCGAGCUUGACACAUCCACUCAACCUCCGUUCGUCAUAUUCCAUCAAAAGUUUCAUUGGAAAUUUGGCUCUGGCAAAGGUUAUGCUAAACUGUCUGAACUGUAUGAAGUGACACCGGAUCAUUAUGUCUACCAAUAUUCUUAUGGCAAAGAUGAAGCUGCAAAGGUGCAUGUAAAAUGGCUCAAAUUGUUACCAGGAGUGUUAGAAAUACAAUACAUGUGUUCAGAUGACUUUAUGUUUGCUGAAAACAUAAAGGAUUUUGUUGUUGUGAUGACUCCUUCAGCAAAAUUUUCUAAAGCUGUAUCAGUUUUGACUAAAACUAUUCUCCAAAGGGAUCGUUUCAAAUUGAAAAACUUGUACAUGGUACCAAACUGUGAAUGUUCUUCAAAAAAAUCAGAAAGGGCAAAGGUAAUACAGAUGACUCUCAGUAAUCGACAAGGCCGUCCUGUGGGUGGGGUGACCAGGGCAACCCCCCCCCCCCCCAACCACCAUCAGGUGGAAUUUUGAUUAUUAAGUUGUAUG